UUUUCAGAUCAAAACAAAACAAAAGAGCAAUGUUUUUCUGUGUUUUUAUUUUAAAAUAACGUUUAAAAACGUUCGUUUAGCGACGAAAUGGACAAAUCUAGGUCCAGUGUUUACGACAAGUUCGUUGGCUUUGUGGAGCAGUUGCGCAAUACAGAAUGCAGUCAAAAGCAGAAGAUCGCCUGCUUUCAGCAGAUAGCCGAGUGCAUCAUGUCGCCCUCGCUGGCCGGGCACAUCAACUAUGCGGCCCACUGCGGCACGGCCACAAAUGUCCUGCUGCUCUUCUGCGAGGAUGUGGACUCCGUAGUGCGGAUGAGUGCGGAGGAGAACCUCAACAAGAUCCUGCGGGCACUGGAGAAGACCCGAGUCAGUCGCAUCCUCAUGGAUCUGUACGGAGAGAUUAAAAGGAAUGGCAACCAGAGAUCCCUGAGGAUUUGCCUGAACCUGUUCUCCUACUAUGCCCCACAAAUAAAAGAGAAGCACAUCAAGUGGUAUGCUGUCAGGUUACUCCAAUGCAUGACCACAAUUUCUCAGCGCAAGGAGACGCUGCUCCAGGAAACCCUAUCCGAAUUCGUCAAGCACUUUGGCCGUUAUCUACAGCAGGGACUCAGCGAUAGCGAGUCCUGCAAGCUAUUCGAGACUUUUCUAGACAAUAUUGGCUCCGAUUGUGCCGUCAAGCGUCGCUGCUCGGCGCAAAAUUGCAUCAGUCUGAUUGAGCAUGCACGCAAUAAAAGUCUAAUGGCCAGACAUGGAGUCAACAAAGUGAUGGAGCUCCUGCUGACGGACCAGCAGACGAGCAGCGUGCUGGGAGCUCUGGGGCUGUUGCGCCUCCUGCUGCCGCAACUCAUACGCGGCUACUCGGCCGACAGCCUCGAGGACUCCGAGUCCUUGGCCGGCCAGCAGCAGCAGCAGAAUCUGCAGAAGAGGCAGCAGCAGCAGCAGACGACGACGACCUCCGACUGCCGGCAAAUUAUUGAAAUUUAUGAUUAUUGUUUGCACCUGCUGAGCACGCAGCCCACCACGAAUCACGCCAUCAUAAAUGCCACACUGGAGGUCAUCAACGGCAUUCUCCAGGCGCUGGACGCCCCGACCGAUGGCCAAUGUAGCCAGGGUCUGGGCCAAAGUUUGCGCCAACUGUUGUGCAAUCAACAACUGCAGCACAAUGAGUAUUUGCGGCGAAGGAAAUCAUUAAAGAAUCAAAUAUUCCAAUUGAAAAAUUACGAAGUGGCGACAAGUCAACAGCAGCUCGACAACGAGGACGAGGAUGCAGAUGCGGAUGCGGAUGAGCUGGCGGAUGGGGCCAGUGCAAUGCAAAUGAAAAAGAAUUCAAAUGCAAAACUGCAGCAGGCGAAGUGUCAACAGCAGCAGCAACAACAACAGGAGAAGCUCGGGGUUGAGAGGAGCUCGCUGGGAAUUAAUGCCGGGGAAGAUGCCACGACCGAGGCUGCAAGUUCCGUCGCUGAUGAAGGGGGAGACAGAAAGGCAGCCAAGCAGCGCAGCCACAUUAGGAAUGCCGCACGCAGCAUCAGCGAAUGCGUUGCCCCGGACGAGGACGCCAGGGGGCAAGGACACCAGCAGCGGCAGGACGAGGAUGAUGACAUGGAGGACGACGACGACGAUGACGACGACAUGGAGCUGCUGAGUGCCGAGUGUGAUGACUUCACAACCCUGUCGCAACUAAAUGAACAACAACAGCCGCUGUCAGCGGCAUUGCGAUUGCCCGCAACAACAGCAACAACCAUAACUGCAGCAGCAACAACAACGACAGCGGGAGCAGCAGGAGCAUCGCAGGACGAUAAACUGAUUGAUGUUGAUGCCGAUGUCGGGGGGCUGCCUAAACCGCAGCAUCAGUCAUCUCUGCAGAACCUGCUCGCCGGCAGCGACGACAAAUCCCAGCAUUUGAGUGACAUCGACAAUGAAUCUUUCAACAGCAUCGAUUUCGAAGCCGAAAUCACAAUUGCUGGCAGCAAAGAGCAGCAGCGGGAACAGCAACAGCAACAGAAACAACAACAUCCUGCGGCGGAUGAUUCGUUGGAAUCCGGCGAUGCAACGGCAAUUGGCACAUUCUUCAACAAUCUGCUGUCGCAUUCCAACGCAGCUUCGGAGUCGGUCAGUAAGCUCUUUCGUCAAUCAAGUGCCUCCAAAUCCACGCCCUCGAAGUCGGCGCCCGCCGACAAAUCGGAUGCCGCCUCCACGGCCUCGCUCACCCUGUCGCUGAGUUCGCUGGCCAGCAGCGGCAACCUGGAGCCUCCGGAGCGGCAGCCCUCGAUUGCCGAGACGCCCACCCCCGCGGAGGACUCCUGUUCGAUGACUGCCUCCCACACCGCCUCCACGGCCCUUAUGAUGGACGCUCCUGCGGCGGAGGAGGAGGAGGUGGUGGCUCCCAAGCCCGAAACACCGCAGCUGCGAGGAACGCCGAACGCUAAUCCCUUUCUGGCGGAGAACUCACCGCUCCGACAGACGGUCGUGGGUCGAACCCUGGUCUCCGUGAAAAUCGGCAGCAUCCUGGAGCAGCCGAUGCUCCACUACACCGCCCGCCUGGUGGCAGCUCGCUUCCUGCUCAGCGGACAGGCGGCGGGACUGCAGCCGGACAGCUUCAGCCGGGUGUCUAUCAAGAGCCUCUCCCUGGCGGUGGUGGCCCACUGUGUACGGCUGGCGCCCAGGGUGCUCCAGCUCAGUCUGGAGAUCAGCGAUCAGGAGCUGCAGCUGCUGGAGGACUCGCAGGUGGUGGCCAGUGGCGACAGCACCCAGGCUUCCAGUCCGCAGAGCAGCGAUAACUCUCAAUUGAGUGCAGAUAAAUCAACCGUGGACAGUCCCCUCAUUCAGACUGAGCUGGAGGAGAAUAUGCUGCUGCUGGACAUCAAGGACGACCACUUUGGCCCCAGCACAUGUCCUGCCUAUCUGCAGCCAACUACUCCCUCCCUCAGCCGCAGUGCAGAUGCCUCGGUUCUGCUGCUCGGAGGCAGCUCUCCAUCCCGGUCUGCCAAGAGAUCGGCGAACGAGGAGAAGCUCUCCAAGUCCGAGAUUAUCGGCAGCUCCUUUCGACCCACUGUGGCUGCGGAGGAUGUGCCUCCGCUGAGUCUGCCACCGCGUCCUCCCAAGCGCACCAAGUCCACGCGCAGUCGAGCGGGUCUAAUUGGAUUGCCUUCGCCAGCAGAGAGUGCUCCGAAGCAGGGAAGCCAGGCACUCUCGGACGUCCUGCUCUUCCACGACCACUGCGAUCCCAUUCUGCGGGGAGGCGUCCAGCAGGUUGUGGGCUACUUCCUGCAAUCCAGCGGCGCUGGAGUGUUCCUGGAGCUGCGGCGUAAUCUCGGCCUGCAACACUUGCUGGCCAUUUUGCUGAAGGGAUUCGAGGACGAGAUCCACACAGUGGUUAUACAAGCGUUGAAUGCAUUCGAUAAGAUAUUUCCGCAUGUGGUGUCCAAAUAUUUGACAGAGCCGCCAUGUCAUUAUCAUGCUCAUCAGCAGCAGCAGCAGCGACAGAAGGAGCAGGAGCUAAAGUUGGAGCAGGAUGACAAGGAGCCAAAGGAGCAGGACCUGCAGCGACAUUCAAGUGGACAACAAAGGCGUCCGGGCCAGGCGCAAACAUUUGGCCAACAAACUUUUGCCAGGGAGCAGGAUAAUGCCUUAAGCAGUCGUCGGCAGCAACAAAGGGGUCCUAACGAUGAUGCCGGGACAUGUGCCAAGUCCUCCUCGGCCACUGAUAAUGAUGAGCUACUGGCUGCUCUUUUGAAUGAUUUCCAAUUGCAAUCGACUGGCAUGCAGCAACAACAGCAGGAGCAGCAAAAGAAUAGCGGGCAGUCGGGUAAUGAGGCCGACCCCAAAGUGGAACCCUUCUGCGUGUUUGCCAUCUCGCCCAAAUUGCUCUUGAGCAAACUCCGGCUCUGCCAUCACAAUAAAUAUUGGCUGGUCCAGAAUAAAUACGCCGAAGUUAUCUCGAAUUUAAAUUACGUGCUGCUGCGGUCGUACUACGCAAAUUUUCGAUGCGGCUCAGACAACAGAAGCAGCCAGGGAGCCAGGGAGCAGGACUCCACGACGAAGGACGAGGGUGAGGACAUUGUCUGCACUUAUGAGGCGCAGUUCCUGGCUGAACUUUUACAUCUGCUCGGCGACGAUGAUGCGCGGGUGCGGGAACACGCCGCCUGCUGUCUUUGCCGCUUUAUAAUGCAAACGGCGCGCCAGGACCCUUCGACGGCCAAGGAUGGGGAUGGGGACCGAGGAGCGGGCCAAAUCGAAGGCUCCACCAGUGGCAGUGGCAGUGGCAACGUCAACGUGGAAACUCAACAAACUAAUUUCAAUUUGCUGUGGGAUUUUUUCGACUAUCGCAUAUUUGGCAGCAUGUCCGUGACGUUGCGUAAUUUAUUCCGGGCCAGUUCGACGAUUGUGCCUCCGCUGGCUGAGUUGGAUGCACUACCCUCCUCUAGCUCCUCCUCGGACUCCUCGGGCAGCACGUCCUCGGGAUCGGCAGCUGCCUCCUCAGGAUCCGGAGCCCCAGUCUCCGCGGCGGCGGCCUACUUCGCGGCGAGUUACGGCAUCGGAAUCGCCGAGGGGCAUGUUUUUUCGCUGGCAUCGGCGGGCCAACGUCAAAUCGCGCAGGAGGAAAAAGUUUUGGCCAAAGUUUUGUAUCGCUUGACAAAUAAAUUGAUGACGCUGAAUGAUAAAAAUGUGCAGUUUGGCAUAAUUUACGCGCUGCGCCUCCUGCUGAGGCACUUCAAUUUCGUGGACUAUCAACAGACCUGGCUGGAAUUCAAUUUCGUCGAAAUUUGCAUUAGCUAUGCCUACUACAACAAUGCAACAGCUGCGGACCUCAGCUGCCAGAACGAUUUGAUUGAUGUGAUGGGCAAACUAAUGGCAGGUGCCCUGCUCUCCUCCGGCGAACCAAGUGGCCCUCACCUGGACUUUCUGCUGCGCCACAGCGUCAAGAUGCUGAACGUCUACUUCCACCUGGCCACCAACCAGCGCCCGCCCACUGGAUCCCACCACGGGAGCUCGAAGCCCGCCAAGAGCGAGCUCUUCGCCCGCGAACCGCCAGCCGGAUCCCCACAGGCGAUGGGUUACUUUGCCGGCGAUUACGUUUACAUGAAACUUUACAACGUUUUAAGAGGUGCUAAUGACAGCUACAAGAUAACCAUAAAUCACGAGGCGGGCAGCUUAUUAAUUUGUCUCCUCAAAACCUGCCUCAACGCACUGAGCCUCUGCCUGGAGGCCAUGGACAGUGGCUCGCCCCCGGAGCUCAAACUAAUCGAAGAAGUGCUCCACUAUCUGACCAAGCUCAUAAAUUAUGCGCCCGCCGAGUGCGUUGCAUGUCUGCGGCAACUGCUGAAAUAUUUAUUCGCCCAAAAUUAUGCCAGCCAAGUGCGGCUGCAGCCAACGCCAACCAGCGGUGGAGUUGGUCACCAUGCCUCCUUCAUCCGUCCCUUCUUCGCGGCCAAGGGCAGGGGUCACGGCGCCGGCUCAGCACCGUUGCCAACAAUAAAUUCAAAACCCGAGGAGGCUCUCCGCGGGGCAGGAGCAGCCGGAGCAGCCCACCGCCAGCCAAUUGAUACUGAUACUGACGCCCCGCUCCAGGCGAUGGGCAUGCUCUUUGUCCAGGGCCUCCAGCCGGCCUCUCCGCCGACGGGCGACUGCGUCCGGCUUAUAAAGCUAUUCGAACCACUGGUCAUAUACUGUCUGACGCUCUUCAUGAAAUCCAAUGCGCUGGUUCAGGCGCCCAUUUUGCAACUACUUUCCCAGCUGCUGGAACUCAAUGUAACCUACAGCAUUCUGGACUCCAAGAACGUGAUAUUCGACCAGAUACUGAGCACCAUGGAUCUGAUCGAGAGUGGAAUUGAUAGAAACGCCUUUAUAAUUGUGCCACCCAUGCUGCGGUUCCUGGUGCAGCUGACCCACAAGAGCGUCCGGCAGUUGAUCACCAUCCCCAAGAUCAUCAGCAUCACCAACAACCUGCUGGCCAACGGGUCCGUUCGCGAGGUGGCCCUGCUGGCUUUAAAGACCCUCAGCUACGAGCUCUUCUUCAUGCACAGCCAGCUGGAGGAGGCACUGGACACGGAGGAGCAUGGCUCGGGAAGAACGGCGUGCCAGAGUCCUCUGAGCGCGGCUCCCACACCGGAAACCAGAGAGGCCUUGCUGGCGCAGCGUCGCGAACUGGACACCCAGCGGGAGGUGGUCCUGGGGAUGCUGGAGAAGUUCAUCGAGGCGCGGCCGAGUCAACAGGUCCUGGCCCUCCUCCUCCUCUUCGAGCGGAGUGUGCAGGAGCUGGACACGCCUCCCUACCGCAGUGCCCAGGACGCGGACGCCGUCUACGGAACGCUGUGCCGCGGCCUGGCCUCCAACCAGUGGCGCCUCCACUCCGCCGGAGACCUGCGGCUGCUGGAGAGCUGCUUCCGCAACAACGGCAACCACGUGCUGGCCGACAGCAAGGGAUUCCUGCAGCUGCUGCAGCUGUUCGUCGAGCAGGGCGUCGGCAACUUUGGUGAUUUGGCCCUGGCCACGGUCGUGCUGGCCAACGUGAUCCUGAAGACCGAGGAGAUUUAUCUGGUGAAUCACAUAAAACUUUAUUUGAAGAACAAUCCAACAGCCGAGCGGCGUCUGCACUCCCUCCUGCCCUCCGCCUCCGCUGCUCCUCUCUGGAAGGACGAGGAGCCCUCCACCUCCUCGGCGGCCGCAGCUGCCCGGGCGGCCGCUUCCGCCUCCUCCGCCUCCCGCUCGACCAUCAGCGAGAUUAACUACUUCGCCAAAGUUCUCUCCGAGAAGCUGCUCGCCUGCCUCGACGUCCUGCUGGGCCAGGACUCCAGCUCGAUUCCCAGCCACGCCUACGCUCAGUUGGCCGCGCGGUUCGUCGACGCCCUGCAGAACGUCUGCUGUCGCUCGCGGCACAAGGACGCCCUCCAGUCGGUGUUCCGUUUGGUCCUGGCCGAGUCCGAGUUCCUCUGCAAGUUCCACGGCCUGCUGCUGCUGAGUGCCGCCGGCCAGGGCGGAUCCGGCCCACUGGACGCCGUGCUGCUGGCCUCCCUGCGACUGCUGCUGGCCAUGCGGCUGGAGGAGCCUGCCACCCUCCUGGAACAGGCCGCCCAGCUGCCGCUGAGGAGUAACUUGCAGCGGGCGGUGCUCCGCGAAGUUUGUCGCACCAAUGUGGGCUACGAUUGGAGUGCGCAACAAGUGCGCCGCCUGUUCGACGGCAGGUAUCUGAAUUUCCUAAUUGCUGACCACUUGGAAUUCCUUUGCGAACUAUGCCAAGAGCGUCCCGAGUGCGGCUCAUUACUGCAGGUGGCCCUGCUGCGGAGCGCCCACCGAUUGAGCAGGCCAUCCAUUCGCAUCGUCCUUCGGCUCUUGGGACGGCUUUGUGAGCCCGCCGAGCAGGGCGCCUCCGGAGACGCCGCCGGGGAUGCGGACGCCACCCUGCAGGCCCUCCAGCUCCUUAGUCGCCUCCACCAGCUGCACGAGGGAGAGCGCUCGCUGCAGCUGCCCGUCGAGCGGAUGGCCCGCCGCCUGAGUGCCCAGAGCGGUCCGGCGGCCAGGAGCGUCAUCUACGAGCGGCUGGUCGAAGGGGACCUCGCCGGCGGUGAGGACCAGGACGCCCUGCGCACCCUGCUACUGAAGGACCUCGAGUGCCGCCAGGACAAUGAGACUGCAACGCCGUCGCGCAUAAUUGAUGAGAGCUGGCUCUUUGCGCAGCUAAUCAAGUUCGCCACCCAGCACCCGGAUGCCCCGCAGCAGCAGAGGCAGCUAAUGCUCCUCCUCCUGGAGAUCCAGUCGGAGCCGAAGCUGCAGCGCCUGCUGCGGAGCCUGGGCCCCGAGCAGGAGGCCAGGCUGCUGCGCCACGCCAUCGCGGGAUCCCUGGAUGCCAUGCUCACCUCCUUCCGGCAGAAGUGCAUCCAACAUGCCCCGCACAUCAACUACAUGCAGCCGCCGCCGCUGGCGCGUGUGUCCUCCUCCCUGCUCCUGGCGAAGGUCUCCUCCUGCGUGCAGGCCACCCACCAGACAGCAGCUCCCAGCCAAGAGGAACUGGACGUGGCGCGGGCGGUGGCCACGCUGAUGGCCUGCACCAGGAAUGUGGAGCGAACAGCACUCGUCUACAUCGACGCCCGGCUGGUGGAGAAGUUCGUGGCCGAGCAGCUCCUGCGCCCCGAGCACCUGCCGCAGUGGCUGGCCUACUUGGGCUGGCUAACCGAGGCGGCCAAAGGGAUUCUGGAUAUAGUAAAUGCACAGGAGGCGGAGCAGGACGCCCUGGGCACUCUGCUGGCCACCGUGGACGCGCUCCUGCAGCAGCCGCGCGUCUGGCGUGAGCUGAAUGCCAGUGGUGAGCCCACCCUGCGCUGCCAGCUGCUCGAGCUGCUCGACUCGGUGGCCCGGUGCGUCCUGCAGGACAGCAUUUUCCACCGACGCCACCGCCAGGAAGGGAGCAAGGCCAAGGGAGCGGCGCCGCAGGCGGUUUUCCUGGCCAAAUUGAUUGAAACCCAAAUUGAAAUCGAGUCCCUCGAGAGCGGAAGGGUCCUGGCAGGCGAGGCUGGGGAUGCCCGGCUGCAGUUCGCCGGGCAGGAGUUGGCGCGGCUCCAAGUGCCACUGUCGCUGGUGGCCUCCAUCGGCAUCUCGCUGCUGCGCACGCACCAGUUUUAUGCCUACGCGGUCACUCCGCACGAGCUCAUCCUCCGGCCGGAGGAGCAGCCUUUGAAGGAGCAACAGGCCCAGGCCGGCGGCAAGCUGCCGACCAUUCCCGUGGACUGCCUGAGCGAUGUGGAUGUGCUGCGUCAAUUUGUCAAGAGGCUCUCCAUCUUCGGGUUCACAACGCGGCAGCAGUUCGAGGAGUACUUCAUGACCAGCCUGCUGCUGAUCAACCGGCUGUACGACGAGCACAUGGUCGAUCAGCAGGAGCAGUUCCAGAUCAAGCAGGUCUGCCUGCAGGCCAUCCUCGAACUUUUAAUGACGUACAAAACUUUUCCCAUUGUGGGCCAGGCCGGCGGACAGUUCCAUCACACGACUCGCUGGCAGCGCAUCACUUGUGACAGCAUUAGCUUGAAGAAACUCCACAAGGUGCAGCUCCUGGUGGACGCGAACAAUGUGUUCUACCAUCCCAAUCUGGAGAGGGAGUUGGCCCACGACAAUGUGAUUGGCACACGCACCUUUGCGGCCAAUCAGUACGAUCUCAAUUUCAGCUGGGCCCAAAUGGAGGCCCAGGCCACGGGAGCGGGAACGGGAACGGGGGCCUUAUCCGGCGGGGGCGGGGAACAGGACUCCACGGCGGACAUUAAGCAGUCCGGCGAUGCGUCGGAUGUGCCCGACAUGGCAAUGCGCAACUAUCGCCAUUUUACGCAGCUGUCGGGAAUUGACUUUCGCAGCAGCACGCAGCUGGUCUUUGACGUACUGCAGCAGAUGAUCGAGCUCAACCACAUCCUGGUGCUGCCCAAUUUGGUGAAGUUCUGCGAGAUUUGCGAGAGCCGCGACCACGUCAAGUGGAUCAGGGAGCGCUGCCUCAAGCUGCAGGAGCAGGUGGCCAUGGACGACACGAUUUCCCAUCAGCACAUAAUCUACUUACUGUGCCGCAGCCAAGCCCUGCUCAUCCCCAGCCUGGGAGAGCUGCAGGUCCUGUGCUCCUUGAUUGGCAACAUCUACUUGAAGAGCACGCACUGCUUCAUCCGCAUCGCCACGUUGCAGGGGCUGCUCUGCCUGCUGGAGAGCUGCAGCAAGACCAACACGACAAUGGGCAGGCUCAGCGAGGAGCUGGCAUUGUUGCGAGCCCUAAUUGUGGGCUACAUCAAUCGCCAUGGCAUCAUCGACGAGAGCCCGCUGCCCUUCAGCGCGGAGCACACGAAGCUGGUCUGGACGCUCAAUUACAGCCUGAUCGAGUGGACAUCGAAAUUCGUGCCGCAGUGUCAUCUGCUGUCGAACACAAUCAUUGCGGCCAACAACUUCCUGAAGACGACCGUGGACGAGGAGUUGUAUCUGUGCGUUCUGCAUGGCCUGGAGCGCCUGGUGGUCAGCAGCGGAGUGCCGUCUCCCGGCGUCCAGCCUACUGGAAAGGACUCCUCUUCGGCUGGAGACCCUCUGGCAGGAGCAGACAGUGGAAUCGGAGUUGGAAGCGGAGGCACAGGCGGAGGCGGAGUCGUGGUCACACCGCAGAUGCGACAUAAAAUUGAAAAACUUGCACUCGAGCUGCUGAAAAUGGAAAAUGAGAAAUUUUCGAUUCCGGCAUUGAAAUUGCUUUUGUCCUGCAUGUAUGUGGGAUCUGCUGCCCAGCUGGAGAACACGGAGCUGUCGAACGGCAUUGUGCAGGACGACCCGGAGAUAAUCGCCCAGCAAAACGAUAAGGUCGAUAUACUUUUGCAUUGUAUUAAAUCAUCGACUCGAGAUGCCGCCUGGAUUUAUGGACAAGUGCUGUGCCAAAUUAUUCGUGAUUUAGUGCCACCGAAUGAAAUAUUGACGAAGGUCAUAAAGGAGUUUCUGGCCAUAAAUCAACCGCACGGCGAUGUUAUUGCCAUGAUUGUAUAUCAGGUAUUCCGUUCUGCCAUCGACUCUUCCUACCUGCAGAUGCUCCAGGACUGGCUGAUCUGCACCCUGCCGACGUUCCUGGACCAGCCGGAGCAGCAGGGCGUCUGGGGCCUCAGCGUCAUCUUCUUAUCCGCCUCCAUAAAUCUGCAUUUGAUUAAACUAUUUCCGCUGGUGCUCGGCAUCGGGGCAGCCAACUCGACGAACGCAACGGCGACUGCAAGGGCAACUGCAACAUCUGAACCAGCGGCACCGGCGACGGGCAGAAAAUUGGGUCAACACGAAAUUGCAUUGUUCGUGACAGCUGCGCAAGAUUUCCAUGCGAAAUUGAGUGGCGAGCAGCGGCAGCGCUUCCGCGAGGCCUUCAGCAGCUUCGAGCGGAGUCAGGUCUACGGCCGGAUGUUGCAGAGCCUCUGAGCGGCGAGCGGUGUGCCACGCCAUGGUGCACAUUAUCGCGGGUGAGCCCACGGGGUCCGGUUAUUUAUCUUUCGGCUAAUUCGAAUCGCAGCUAGGAAGGAAUGCCAGCGCAAUCCGCAUUGGGCAGCGGCCAACUUGCUCCAAAGACAAGCGCAAGCGUGAAUAACUAAUUGCCCCGAGCUGCGGAUAAAGUUUAAGCGGAUGUCCCUCUUUGCCUCCUAUGGCAAUCCACUUUUGCAGCACUUCCCCAGAGCGAGGGGAAAGUUUUUUAAUAGUUGGCGAAUACAAAAUUAAUUUAUGCUUUACAUUAUGUGUAACUAAUAUUUAAAUUAUUGCAAACGAACGCUCCCCGCCCGCACUUCCUAAUCCGGCCGAAAGUUUAACGAGGCCACCAGCGAGCGACCCGCAAUUAAUUCCUGCGGCUUUCGACAAGGACCCACGACACGGAAAUUAUGUUCUUGUCAGUUUUCGGCCAAAGUUUAUCAUUUAUUUAUUUGACGCUGCUCGCCGCUUGCUGCGGCUAAAAGAAGAUGAAAACGAAGAAGAUCCUGGCCAAAGGACGCUAGUGGGCAUUAGUAUGCGCCUUAACCAAUUGCUGGCUAACUCCUAAUCAAAAUUACUUAAAAAUUCCAUUAUGCAAACAGCACACCCCUUCCUUCGUGUACUCCAAUUGUAAUCAAAAUUAUAACCCUAGUGCUUAGCGAAAUAAAUCACAAAUUAAAUCGAA